AUUAUGCCAAACAAUAGUAUCAAAAUUAGGAAUAAAAGUUUCUUUCAGGUAGAAAAAAACAAAAAAAUUAUAAAAAUUACAUGAAAAUCCUUUAGGUUCAAAAAAGUUUCAAAGAAAUCAAAUCUCUGAAGUAACAUCAGACUGGGAGCAGAUAAAAGACACCGAAGAAAUAUUGCACCUUAUUUAUGCACAGAUUUUUUUGGCCAGGCUUUGUUCGUUAACUGGAAUCAUCUAACAAUUUGACUGAGUUUACUUAAUAACCAAAAAUGGCUAAUAACUUGAGUCCAGAGAAAAUGGCUGAAUAUAGGGAAGCUUUUACUUUAUUCGAUACAAAUGGUGAUGGCAGUAUUACACUAGAGGAAUUGAGUAGUGUUAUGCGUUCACUUGGACUGAAGCAUACCGACUCCGAAUUUGCUGAAAUGAUUCGGGAGGCAGAUGAAAAUCAAAAUGGCAAAAUUGAGUUCAAUGAAUUUGUAGAUGUUAUGACACGUUCGAAUGGAAUCGUUGAUGUUGAAGCUGAAGUGCGCGAAGCUUUUAAUGUUUUUGAUGAGAACGGUAAUGGUUUUAUAUCACCGGAUGAGCUCCGACGUGUAAUGACACUUUUGGGAGAGGAGUUAUCAGACGAUACAAUUGGUGAAAUGAUACGCGAAGCAGACUUAAAUGGUGAUGGGCAAGUUGAUUUUGAUGAAUUCGUUGCCAUUAUAAAUUCAACUAAUCUUGACUAAUAAUAAAAUAAAAAUGUUUUACACUCAAUUUGUAAUGAUCUUAUAAUAGUAUCACACAGCUGACCUGGAAGGAACCUAUUAGCAAUAUAACAUUUUAUUCUAAUUUACAAUAAACACAAAACAAUAGUAACGAA